AUGCAGCAUGCUAGGUGCUCAGAGUUCCUUGAGAGCAGAGGCUCCUUCCCUAUUUCUGUGGGCGCCAACUUAUCCCAGGACAGUGGCAGCCACACCAACACUACCUUCCCUGAGUCACUGUCGCUGCUCUAUGCCCUCCUGCCAGGCGUGUACUCUGUGAUCUGCGCCAUAGGGCUAACUGGUAACACUGCUGUCAUCUACGUGAUCCUGAGAGCACCCAAGAUGAAAACAGUGACCAACGUGUUCGUCCUGAACCUGGCCAUAGCUGAUGGGCUCUUUGCACUGGUAUUGCCAGCCAACAUUGCUGAGCACCUGCUGCAGCACUGGCCCUUUGGGGAGACACUCUGCAAACUGGUACUGGCCAUUGAUCACUACAACAUCUUCUCUAGUGCCUACUUCCUGGCCGUGAUGAGUGCGGACCGCUACCUGGUGGUGCUGGCCACUGUGAGAUCCCGCCGCAUGCCCACACGCACCCGUGGGGGAGCAAAGGUGGCCAGCCUGUGUGUCUGGCUGGGUGUCACCAUCAUGGUUCUGCCCUUCUUCUCCUUUGCCCAUGUCUACAGCAAUGAGCUACAGGUGCCCAGCUGUGGGCUGAGCUUCCCAAGGCCUGAGCAAGCCUGGCUCAAGGCCAGCCGCAUCUACACGCUGGUGCUGGGCUUCCUGGUGCCCAUGUGUACCAUCUGUGUGCUCUACGUGGACUUGUUGCGUAGGCUGCGGGCCAUGCGGCUUCGCUCCAGUGCCAAGGCCCUGAGCAAGGCCAAGAGAAAGGUAACUGUUCUCGUCCUUGCUGUGUUGGCUGUGUGCCUCUUUUGCUGGGCACCAUUCCACCUGGCCUCUGUGGUGUCUCUCACUACAGAUGUGCCCCAGACAGCCCUGGUCAUCGGCAUCUCCUAUGCCAUCACCAGCCUCAGCUAUGCCAACUCAUGCCUCAACCCCUUCCUGUAUGCCUUCCUGGAUGACAGCUUCCGCAAGAACUUCCGUACCAUGGUCCUGUGCUGGGAGGCCUGA